AUGGAAGAUCCAUUAGAAGAAUGUUCAAGAAGUUCUUUAUCAUUGAACGGUAUUGAUACACGUGAUAGUAAUUAUAUAUAUAAUCAAAAUGACAAUAAAAGUCUUAAAACAACAACAAAUUUUACAGUUACCAAUACGUCAGCAACGACGACAUUUUGUAUGCUUAUAAAUGGUCGUCGUAUUCAACAACGAUAUGAAUUAUUGAUUGAUGGUCUCGUACAAGUGUGUCGUGUUCCACAUGCAAGAAAUAUUAUAGAAAAAAUUCGUUUCUCUCGUUUUCUACGUCGUUGGGAAGAUCAUCAUAUUAAUCUUGUACACAAUGAAAUUAUAUCUAAAAUACCUGAAGGUUAUAUGGAUAGACCAAUACUUUAUUCGUCUAUAGAAGAUAUAUCAAUAUGGUCAAAAACAAAAAUGAUUGACUCGGAUUGUCAUUUUUAUCUUCGACUUGUUACGAAUGAAUGUGUUUAUUUUUUUCAAGUUAAUACAAUACAUUUACGAGAUCAAUGGUUAUAUUCAAUUCAAUGGAAAAGAAAUAAAUCAAAAUUUGAACGAAUUUUACGUUCAGCUAAUCGUCCAGAAAUAUUAUUACGAGAAAUGACAAAUAUGAUUGAUUUUGCAAUGACAAUACCGAUUGAAAAUGUUGAAAUACAUCAUUUUCCACUUGAAAUUAUUUCGGAAAUUCUUCAACAACAACAGUUUAAUUUACCUCGAUUUGUCCAUGAAAAUGUGAUUGUAGCAUUAGCGCCGUUACUUGAAAAGAAUUAUCCAUCACCGGAAAUAUGUGAUUUUUUUACUCGACAUUGUCGUGAUAGUCCACGUUCACAUAUUGUUAUUGAAAUGUUUACACCUGUUAUUCAAAGAAUUUUAAAACAUAAUACAGAUUUUGGUAAAUAUCCACGAAUGAGAAUAUUUAUUCAAGAAUAUUUAAUAGCACUUAAUUCACAAAAUGAUGGUUUACGAGCUGUACAAGAUUUUAUUAAACGAAUACAUGGUCCAACAAUGAUCUGUCCGUUUCCACGUGUUUUAUCAAAUUUUGUUUCUGUUUGUCUUGCAGCUAUUUAUAAUUUUUUUGAAGAUCGAAAAAAUUUUAAAUAUGAAGAUAAAGAAACUUGUCGAGCAUAUGAAGAAGAAACUGAAUGUCAAUUAGUCUGUUAUACAAAAAUGUUAGAAACAAUGUCUACAUUUGAUGAUUGGAGACCACAUCUUGGUUUACUUCUUCAAUCAAUUCCAUUUCCUGAUGAAGCUUUAUCACAUGAUCGUUUUAUUGAAAUAUUUAAAAACGUCGUUAAACAUUUCGUUGAAGAUACUCGAUGUGAAGUACAUCAAACAGUAUUAGGUAUUCGAGAAGGAAAAGAAGGAUGGUUUGAAAUGUUUUGUCUAAGUGGAAUUGCAUGUGAUGAUGAUGGUGAAAUGUUUUCUCUUAUGUUAAGUAAAUUAAUUUCAUGUUGUUGUCGAAAAAAACGAUUUUUAAUAAGUAUUAAUAAAUUAUUACCAGCAUUAAUGUUACUUGCAUUACGUGAAAAUCAAAGUUCAUUAGAAACUCUAUGUGCUAUGCUUGAUUUAGAUGCUGUAGAAAAUCGUGAUAAUAAGUUACAAUUAAUUUCAACAUUACAAUCAACAUCAACUGGUCUUAAAAUGUAUGCAAAAGUAUGCGAAAGACAAAUAGCAUUAAGAGAAUUACAGCAAAAAGGUGGACCAAGAAAAUUAACGUUACCAUCACGUUCAACAGAUAGUGAUUUAGCAAAAUUAUUAUCUAGUGGUUCAUUUGGAAAUCUUGAAUGUUUAAGUUUAGCAUUUACAAAUGUUACAAGUGCAUGUGCAGAACAAUUAAUUAAAUUACCAGCACUUAGAUAUCUAAAUUUAUGGUCAACACAGUUUGGUGAUGCAGGUUUAGAAUUAAUUUCUGAACAUUUAAAUCGAUUACAAGUACUUAAUUUAUGUGAAACACCUGUAACAGAUAAAGGCUUAGCUUAUUUAACUUGUAUGAAAAUGUUACGAAAACUUAAUUUAAAUUCAACACAUCUAUCACCAUUAACAUUUGAAACUUUAAAGGAAAAAUUACCAGCAUUACAAGAAUGCGAUAUACGAUAUACGGAUGCGUGGUGA